CAUGGAGGGAGGCUUUUAUAAAUGGCAGUUAUCAGCAGUCUUAACGUUCCAUUCUACUUAUCAAACCGUGCUUUAUAAGCAGAGGAGCCGAGUAGCCUACAUCUCUAAAUUAGAUGCGAAAUUGUUAUAUUUGAUUGGAGGCGUAGGCUAUUGUUAAAAAAAUGAGGGAUACUGUAGGAAUACUCGUUGCGUUAACAUUCCUUUUGAGAGUCAAGGGAGAAGCCCCUCGUGGCGGAUACUGCAUCGAGAAGCAGUGUUUUGCGGUUUUCCAGGACCAAGUCGACUUUGGAACGGCACAAAAACAUUGUGAGGAUAAUAAUGGGCAUAAUGGACAUUUAAUGACAGUGCGAUCUUUGAUAUCGCAUAGCAUCCUUUUAAUAUUACUCGGUAUCCAUACUGGAAAUUAUUGGAUUGGUUUGCAGCUACCGAGCGGGCAAUGCCCCGACCAAGCGUUGGGUUUACGAGGGUACAGGUGGAUAACUGGAGAUAAUGAAACGGAGUUCCAGAACUGGGGACGCUUUGAUGAUGUCUGCUCUUCAAAAUGCAUUUCAGUAUCAAAAUACGACUUUGAAUGGAAGGAACAGCCAUGCAACAGUAAAAUAGAUGGAUUUAUUUGUGAAUAUAAACUUGACAGUCCUUGCCAACAUGUCAUGGUAAAAGGGGACGAAUCCGUUCUGUACGACAACCCAUUGGGGUUCAAGGGAGACAACCUACUGGUAUUACCCCUGGGAACCAUUGCAACGCUCAAAUCCCUCGGAUCGAAAUAUAUAUGUCACUUUGAACAGUGGAUACAAGCACCAUGGAAUUGCGAGGUAUUUAAUGGUGGCUGUUCGCAUGACUGUUCCUCAGUUAACCAUGAACCUGUAUGCACCUGUCCACCUGGAAAAACUCUCCAGGACAACAACGUCACAUGUGAAUAUGCGCUAAAUGACCUCUGCCAUAACUCAGGGUGCGCGCAUCUCUGCCAGAAAAAAGAUGACAGCUACGCUUGCAUGUGUCACCAUGGGUACGCACUUGCAGAAGAUGGGAAGGAGUGCAAAGACAUUGAUUAUUGUGUCGAGGAUAGACAGUGCCAGGGACAAAACAUGGAAUGUGUCAAUAGGCCUACUCUUGGUGGAUUUGAAUGCAAAUGCCAGAAGGGAUAUGAGUUGGAAUAUGACAUAUGCGUCGAUGUGGAUGAAUGCUUCAUGGGUCCAUGUGACCACGAAUGCACGAACACGAUAGGCAGUUACAUUUGUUCCUGUUUUGAUGGAUUCAUUUCAAUGACAGAAGACACCAACAGGUGUCAAUUGCUUUGUUUAGCAGAAGAGUGUCCCACCGAAUGUGAUCGUAGUAAAACAUAUCAAUGCUACUGUCCAAUAGGUUACUUACUCGAUGACAGAAAUGGGUCGUCAAUUUGUGUCGACAUAGAUGAAUGUGAGAUGGAUUCUUACUGCCACCAUAAUUGCACAAAUACUUAUGGAGGUUACCUGUGUUCUUGUGACGAGGGAUUCGACUUGGUUGGUGAAUAUGAUUGUGUUGACAGAGAAACAUCGGAGGGUUCAGGUUUUACGACACCAUAUACACCAAAUGCCAAGCAUCCAACUGAGCGCCCUUUCACUGUAAAGGCGGGAGGUCUUCUUGGAAUGUUAGUAUGUAUUGUCGUUGUUAUUUUGGUGAUGGUUGUACUUAUUCACCUUAUACUGAAACGUCGAGGUAAUUUAGACAUUGCUUUCGAAAGCCAAGGCGUUGGUAGUCCCGAUUUGCAGCAAGUCUCAACGGAUAAGUACCAAAAAUUGUCAUUUGACAGACAUUUUAUAAUAUGACAAUUAAUAUGUUGUUGGAUAAUUUUGCCAUUUUCAUUGUCAUUCCUUGUUUACACGUCUGCAAAGGAGAAUCAGCUGGUUUGAACUUGUAAUGUUUUUAUUUCAUACAGUUUUAAUAAGCAUAUAUCAGAAAUUGCUCACCUCAUCACAAAGAAAUCUAACCAAUCUCACAAGUGAACAAAGCCAGUAACAAAGUAAGCCUAUAGGCUAACUUGCAAUAUAUAUAUAUAUAUCCUAUCAAAUGAUUAUAAAAGAAAACAUAAUAAAUUAUUAUGU